AAAUGCCCGCACGUCCUCGCACAUGCGUCCCGCUGCCAGCCGGCCUAUUGAAGCUGCAUGACAAUGCGUUCUGGACGACCUCGUCUCCCCAUGAGACUAACCCGUUGGCAUUGAUUGUCAUCAACGGCAUCGGUCUCAUCUCUUGCUUUGACCAUUUGUGGGAGAAAGCUCGAUUCACCGUGUGCGCUGAUGGCGGGGCCAACAAACUGUACGAUUACAUCAAGCGCGACAAAGUCGUGCCGCCAAAGAACUACAUCCCACAGUACAUCAAGGGAGAUUUGGACUCUAUUCGGCCCGAGGUUGCGUCGUACUUUGAACUGCAAGGCACGCAAGUCAUCAAGGACCCGGACCAAAACUCCAACGACUUGGACAAGUGUCUGUCGCUGCUGCGGACCCUCCAGCGCGAUCUCAAUGCCAACGGACAUGGAGAUGCCGUGAAGCUGAACGUGCUUGUCGUUGGCGCCAUGGGAGGCCGCUUUGAUCAAGAAAUGCAGAACGUGAAUGCGCUGUUUCAAUGGUCGUCCAUUUUCCACCGCAUGACCCUGGUCUCAGACAGCACUUCCGCCACACUCUUGGUUCCUGGCACACACUGCAUCCGCCCCAACUUUGCCGUGGAAGGCCGCACGUGCGGCUUGAUCCCCGUUGGCGGGUCUUGUGAAAUCCUUACGACCAAAGGGUUGAAAUGGAACCUGACAAACCACAGCACGGCGUUCGGGGGGCUUGUCAGCACGUCGAAUCAUGUGUUGGACUGCGACGUUCAUGUCGAUACGUCCGAUCCUCUCAUUUGGACCACAGAAUUAUCGGCAUAAUACAAUUGUGAUCGGGACUACCGUACCUAU